AUGCCUCGAUCCAGCUCCAGCUCUGGCUCCAGCGCCGGCUCGAGCUCGAGCUCGCGGCGGAUGAAGCAGCGGAUGCUUCCGAAAACCCCAGCUGUCAACACUCUGAUAUGGUUCACUGGGCGGGAUCCCAGGAAAGUCAAGGGCGUCCGGGCCUACUAUUACGACGAUGAUUUUGAGACUCGAAGCAAUGGCUCAUACAGUUCCAUGUGGUCCUCGUGGACCAGCAACCGCAGCAAUGUCGAAUACUAUCUCGUCGAGUCCAAGGGGCUCUACUACGCUGAGUACCCAGAGCAAAGCAAAAACAACAAGUCAAGGCCAAGUGGCAGAGUCUCCCAGCCGAGUGCCACAGCUGCCUGGGCCAGAAACGCCAGUGUUCGGGAUGCCAACGGGGAUGAUGAUUCCGAUUCAGACGACGGGAGCAGCAGCGACAGCAGUGAGUCUGAGUAUGGGCAUCAGCAACCCGGCCCCUUUGCCCAACCUCCAGGUCCAAUGAGGAUGGGAAUGCCCAAUGGCGGUCCUCCUCCAAUGGGUCGCCCUCCCAUGAUGGGCGGCCCCCCUCCGAUGGGCGGUCCUCCGGGUCCUCCACCUGGAGGAUUUCCACCAGGCUUUGCCGGAAUGCCGCGACCUUCCUCUCAUCCGCAGAUGCCUCCCCCAGGACAUGGUAUGCCGCCUCCGCAAGGAUUCAGACCCCCGAUGGGAAUGGGGAUGCCCCCUCCACCUCCAGGAGCUGGUCAUCCUGGACCUUUCCCAGGCGGUCACUAA